CACCGCUGCUAACGAUUCUCUCUGUACUGUAUUUAUUCAUUUCUUUUGCUGUGUGGCGUUGUGGGGGCGCAGGUGUGUGCUGUCAUACAGGGUUACGGAGCUUCUCUGACCUCUGACCCGCACACUGCGGCCUGUUUCUGACGAUGCGGGGUUAGCUUAGCACGUUUCAUUCAUUCUGGCUAACGCUAACGCUAAGGCUAGCUGUCUACAGGCGGCUGGAUUUCCGUGACAGAGUCCAGCUGCAGUCUGAUGUUGGUUUUCUGUUGAGCUCAGAAAUAACAGUAUCCGACCAUUACGCCGCGGUAACGUCAGCUUGUCAGCAAAUUAACGCACGGUUUUCAAAGUAACGUCAAGGUGUACGUUACUGUGAUGGAUUAUGAAGAGAAAGCGAAGGCAGUGGGGGACUGCCUGCUCAGCUACAAGAGGGAUGAGUCCGGAUGGAAAGUCUGCAAGAAAUCGAACGACGUGGUUGUGUCAUGGCGCCCCUCGUCUGAGUUCCCUGGGAAUGUUUAUAAGGGCGAGGGGGUUGUCAGUGGCAGCCCAGAGAAAGUAUGGGAGUGCCUGAAGCCAGUACCCAGUGGACUUAGAGUCAAGUGGGAUAACAACGUGAAAAAGUUUGAGCUUUUGGAACAAAUCACAGAGGACAUCUCUAUCUGCCGAACAGUCACGCCCUCAGCAGCUAUGGGUAUCAUAGCUCCACGAGACUUUGUAGAUGUUAUUUUAGUUAAGCAAUACGAAGAUGGCACCAUUUCAUCAAAUGCCACCAAUGUGAGUCACCCGGGCUGCCCCCCCCAGUCUGGCUAUGUGAGAGGAUUCAACCAUCCAUGUGGUUGCAUCUGUGUUCCCAUCUCAGGAGAGCCCAACAAAACCCAGGUGCUGAGCUUCUUCCAGACAGACCUGGGUGGCUUCCUCCCUCGCUCCGUGGUCGACUCCUUCUUCCCCUCCAGCAUGGCGGAGUUCUACAGCAAUCUGGCCAAGGCUGUCAAAUCUCUCAAGGACUUUUGACACCCAGAGUUACAAAAUCUCCCUUCUAACCUGAGGCCUGCUGUCUGGUCAGGCCAGUUACUCAUUCCAUUUUAAACAAUUCAAACUCAACAGCAAUCAGCACACUGAUUAUCAAACUGUCACCCUUUUCAAAUGGAUCCAAACCAGUUUAUCUUAAAUGUACAUUCCUUUAUUCCUGUUACUGUAGGAGGAAUCAUGUCCAUCUUCAGCAGUCAGCCCUCUUAUUUGAAAGCAGCUCACAUAUUAAAAAAUUCCUACAAUAAGAAUGAGGGCUUACAGUUGACAAAACCUGCAUCUGGAAAUCCACUCUCUUUCCAUCUGUGGGGUGGAUAUAUUUCCUCCAAUCUAAAGAAUGAAAAUUAUAUGCCAAAUCUGUAUAUGUACAUGUGCUAAAAGUACAGAGCAUCUUUCCUUUUUGUCACUAUGGUGAGACACUAGAUGUUUCCUCUUCAUAUAAAAGCAUACUUCAUUGUGUACUGUAAACAUGCAUGUUGCAUGGACCUUAUUUAUCCUAUGCUGCUAUCAGGUUGUUGGCUUUGAGUACUGGCUCAUAACUCAUAUUUUUUUCUGCUCAUCUCCAGCUCAACUAUAAACAAUGUAGAUUUUUAGCCACACAGAAGCACAGCUGGGAUGGCAUAGGUGGCCUCUUUUUCCCCCUUUUUGAAAUAGGACAUGUUUUGUAUUGCUCUAUUGAGCAGAAAAGUGUCUCCCUUUUUGCAUGGCAUUGGUUUCUUAAGUGCAUUUUUUUACAUCAUACACUAAAACUCAUUUAAGAUUAGAACCAGCUGCCUGCAGUUUGUUAGCUAGAUUCUCAAAUCUUAUAACAGCUUUUCUGACUCACUGAGCUCACAAAGGUGGUCACAAGCAGACGCUGGACUUUUUCAGCUCAGAUAAUAGACCUUUCAUUAAAGGGAUGUGGUGGGGGGAAAAAAUCCCAUGUCAUAUGAGCAAAUGGCAAGAACAUUUUUGAAGAUAAAACAAUUGUGUCAUAGUAGUGCAGUAGGCAGUAUACUGGUUGUAAUAUCCUGUAAGAUAUGAUUUUUGUUAUAUCAACAGCCACACCAUAGACUGUGUAAAGAUGGAUGGCACAUCCCCACUUAACCCCACUGUGCAAAAAUGCAGCCAAAAUAUUCCGAAUGCAGCCACUGCCAUCUUGCUCUUGUGAAGUCAUUUGGAGCUGUAGUGAUCUCGGCAGUAUCAAGUUCCCCCCAGCUGACCAAUUGCAAGCAGCACCAUAAAACGCAAGCACACCUGUUAGCACACAUAGCUGUCAGUCAUGUCAUUAGUCAACUAAUUAAAGCCAAACGUAUACGAAAUAUGAACACUACAGCAAACAGCAGAAUAAUAAGAACGACCUUAAAUGACAGAAACCAUCUUCAUGAAAAAUAUAUUUGGAGUGAACUUUGAGUUUUUAGUUGUUGGCCUAUGUCAACAACUAAAAGGGGGCAGGGGGCAGGGUUUAGACCAAUACUGCAGCCAGCCACCAGGGGGCAAAUCAGAUGCUUUGGCUUCACUUUUGGGGAGCUGUUAUGUCAUCCAUCUUCAUACAGUCUAUUCAUCGGGCCUGUGCUUACCUGAAUUGCUGCAACUUUUCAACAGGCAGUAAAAUUAUCAUUGUAGUAGGAAUCAAACCAGCAGCUUUCCAAUUAGUGGGUGACCCGCUUUACCUCUCAGCCACAGUCACAGCAAACAUUAUUUAAUUCUCCAGCAGGGUGAAACACCCAGGCACACAGCAGUGUGUGACACACAAUUAGUUACACUAAUAAUUGUACAUUUACAAAAGUAAUGUUACAUUGCUGAAUGGCAUUCUGGGUGCAGCUCUCCAGUUAGCCAGGUAGCAUAACAGUUUGUUAAGAGCUAUGUCGCCACAGUACAGUCAAGAUCAGAAAAGAGAGGCGGGAUGAAGAAAGAGAGCAGAGAGGCACCAGAGGAACUUGUGCCUGACAGAGUAGCUGCGUGUGCUGUUUGGAAGCUUUUUUGGUUUUAAAAGAUCUGGCCUCUCUGUGUCUGAAGAAAACACUUCAAAGACAACACAGUGUAGCUGUGACGCCCGCUAUGAUGACAUUAAAAUGUUUCUAUAUUUUGUGAUUUUCAUUAUAAAUCUUGUAGAAAGGCAGGAAUAUAAUAGUGAUAAACUAUUAUGAAACUGCCAGAAUCUUAAAAAUUAACGAGAUACAAUUUUUUGGUUGUACAGCCGAAUGCUAUGGUGUAGUGUACAGCGUAGUUUUGCAGGCUGUUUUUUUGGGGUUUUUUUACGAAGAUGUGUAUCAUAUGAAAAAAGAAAUUCCCGUCGCUAUUUAAGGUAGCUUGACUGUUGAAAAAUGUCAGGUUUCUGCAGGACGUCCCAUUUCACAUAAGUAACAACUCUAGUAAUGAUUCUCUGACUUGAGUCAGUGGUCUGCGGUGUUUAACUCCACCCUCUGGUGCUGGUUUAACCCACCGGGACCCUGACUGAGGUGGUACCAAAAAAGUUCCAGGUACUACAACUUUGCAAGCAAAAAAACAAAAGAGAGAGAGAGAGAGAGAGAGUCCAGCUGAGUUGGGCUGUGACGUACCAUGCAGUGGAAAUGUAACUUUUGACUGACGCUCUUGCUGACAGUUAUGGUCUGACUUGUAUGCUGUAUAUAUUAUUGACUUUUCUGCAUCCAGACAUAAUCUUUCAAGAGAGAAUUUUAAUGUCUCUAAGAAUAGAAUUUUUUUUCCCCAUCAUCCCUAAUACUACUUUUACUUAAGCAACAUUUUAUAUGUAGGGAUUUUACAUGUAAUGGUGUAUUUGUUAGUUUAUUAGUAAUUUUACUUAAGGAUUGCCUUUGUGAGCCAGAUUCAAGUCAAAAGUGCACUCUGUGAACACUAAUCUCAUUUCUGUACAGAGGUUCUACUCAACGCAUGACCUCCUAUUAAGACACUUAAGAAAAAAUUAGGGAAUGAUGAAGUCAAACUCGAUUUCCAUUGUAUGUAACAAGAGUAUUUUCACUAGUCCAGAUUGGGGCAGUGUUUAAUUCUUAGCUGACACUUUAAGACACAACGAAUACCUGGACAGAAGUCCAUCCACACUGACCAUUGAUCUUAUCUUUACCAUGCUAUGCCAUGAACAAGCUUAUUCCUCUGUACCUGUACACAACCAUGAAAGCUUACAGCACUUGGAAGAAAAAAAAUCUUGUAUGUAUUGUGUAACUUAACAAUAUAAAAGUUGCUUUUUAUUUACAUAGAUAAUAUAUUAAUACAUUAUUAAUAAUCAUACAGAUUAUUCCACAACUGCCAGAAUCUUCCUCAGGUAUUGUAGCAACUCAUAAUUUAAUAACUGUGCAUAUUGUAAUAAUUUAGAUGUAAUAAAAGCUCACAAUGUAAUAAUUAGCACAUCAUUUAAGAAAACCACAAGGGCAUAAUGUAAUAAGUGAAUACAAUAUGAGAAAAUUAUUUCAUUUUUAAUUGAGAAAAAAAUUUAGGAUGACAGAUGUCCACUGUCCUGGAAAAUUGAUGACCAGAGGCAAUGCAAAAUUUUGUUUGGGUGAGUCUUAGCAUGAAAUAAUCAGUCAGACAUAACUAUUCCAGUUACUUUAAAUGUUUGCAAAUCCAAGCAGUAUAACAUAUUUUAUCACUGGCAGCUAAUAUGUGAAAACUGUGUUACUGUGAGAAAAGAUAGCAAUGAAAGAUAAUGAUACUUUGUCAGAAAAGCUAGCACAUGUAUCAGUGGUAACUAAUUUGGGCUCAAGCCCCAAAGGAGCCGAGCCUUACCGUGAUGUGCUGGUUUGUUAUCAUCAUAUUUGUCAUUAGGGGCCUCCGCUCUAAUUUUCCUGAGCUGGAAACAGGAAAUCUGGCCCAAAAACUGGAAAUGAUGUGCAAAUGCUUCCCAAGAAAUAUGAUAACCUAAAAACGUCAUAUCGGAAAGGGCAUGCCCCCUCACACUGCAAGUUCGACUGACUUGAAAGUUAGCACACAUGCAACUCAAUAUGCUCUACAAAAAAGGCAUCUUGUAACAUAAAAGUCAGCCAUGAUGGAUUCUUUGCUAAUUAUGCACAAUGUGAAAAAUUUUGACUUCAUCAACAUCAAAUUUGAGACACAGCCUUGAGAUAUAUCUUGACUUAUAUAUGAAAUCUAAGUUAUAUAUAUAUAUAUAUAUGCAUACACACACACACACACACUCACAUAUAUAUAUAUGCCAAGUCAAUAAAUAUAUAUGCUAAGUGUAGGACACACUCAUUUCCCCAUAAUGUAAUAACCUAUUAAAUUAUGCCCACAACUGCUAUUACCUUAUGCACAUGUUGCUACAUGUAUUCAGAUGAAAAUAGAUAUCACCACAAAUGUACUGUAUUGGUUUGGGACCCAUAGUAAGCCUUCCGUCGAGCCUCUGUGUAUGGAGGCUGAUGCUAAACCCUCAGUAUGACAUGAAUGAGUGAGGAAAGGCUACAUGAAACAUGUGGUUUGUGUGGUGAACUACUGGCGUAGCCACUGUCUCUAGAGCCUUCAUGUGUAUGAUAAGCCAUAAAGGGUGAAAUGUUUUACCUAGUCUUAUGUUAGGUGUCAAGAUUCCUUUGUUUGGCGCUUUACCGGUACCAUCUUUUUACCUCACAGUGUAGCCAGUAAUAUUAUUUUCAUUUUAAUUCAUCUCACCAGUUCACUGAGUCAUGUGUGCUUGAGAUGUAAUUGCAUGUUGAUCUAAAGGGAUUUUCAUGUGUAUGUUAUUUAAAUGGAGCCAGCAAGGUUUUUCCUUUAUGUGAAAUGAUCUCAAUGUACACACAGGUAGCUGCUAAAGUACAAGCAACACAUGAUCACAUGAGGAAUACAAAGUGAUUGGAAACCAGGAAAGCACAUUCGUAGCACUCAGUAAAUCAACACUGAAUCACGUUUUUGACUUCUUGACAUCAUCUCUACCAGGUACCAACAUAUGACCUGUAUCUGGCCUCUUCAGUUAAACCUACUGUUCGUAGUGCUCUGAUGAUCCCUUUAGCUUGCAUUUUAUUCAGAUGCUAAUAUUCCAUUUGGAGGAAUUGGCAGAUUUCUCAGCACAGGUGGUGCAAUAUGUCUCAAUAAUUAAUAUUUUUACAAUAAUAUGUCAAAUGACAAAGUGAAAUGAGAUCAUGUGAAAGGGGCUGCUUGUCAUGAUUAAAACUACUGACAAUUAUCAAUGGAAAUGCAGCUACCUUCAACUCUCUAGGGUUCACAGCCACACAGGGUUAAAAGUCUGCGACUCCCAACCAGUCUGUUAGAACUGAGGAAGCUGCUCAGAUGAGAGGAAAAACAUCUUUAUGAAACUCAAACAAGUCAAGUUACCUACGAUUUAGCACCUUGAAUUAUUUACAUGUUCUAACUUUUUCCCUCAUUGGGAUAUGAUAGCCAGAUACAGGUAACAUGUUCAUACUGGAUGGGAAUGGGGUCCAUGGGAACACUUGCUGGGACAUCUGUCUUUGGAGUGCCACCAGAAUGUUGUGACUGAUCUGCAGCCAGAUUCGUUUCUGAACAUAUACAGACUUAACUUUUUAUCUUUGGGAAGACAGAGUUUGCUUAAAAAUUGGCUGAGUCAUUUAAGUGGCCGGAGAGCAGUUCAGUGCAGCAGCAUGUUGUUCACCUUUGAUUUAUCUUACUUCAGUGAACUUCGAUAGACAACCAUCUCGCUCGACAGGAAUAACAAAGUAGCCAAUGAGCAUAUAAGCUGUGGCACAACCAGCGAUCGGUGAAACCCUUUAAGUAUUCAUUGUGACCGUGAUGUUCCAGCACCUUGUGCUCCAACUCUGUUCAGACAUGUCUCUUGUGUUACACCAGCGCAGGUUUGUCCUGAGGGCACACCGUCUUGGGUCAUUUAUUGACAGCUACUACAAAAUAUAUGGAAAACAAAACAUGUCAGAUGUUUAUAAUUUACUGGUCUUUGUGACAGCAGCUGCUGCUACUCUUUACAAUUUUACAUGAGUUUUCCAUGUCUAGACAAAACACAUGAAACUGGUUAUGUUGUACUGUUUGCACCCUGUUUUGUAUUUCACCAGCAUUAAACUGAUUAA